AUGGCUACAGGUCGUCACACAAGGACUGCCCAACAAGCUGGUAUUCAAGAAACCAUGCUUUCCUUCACCCAUCAUCGUCGUCCAACGGUUCCAACAGUUCAACAACCUCUUCAACCCUCUCCACAAAACCCCUUCACUCCUUACCUCACUCCCUCGGCCCAACUCUACCCGGAAACUCCAACUCAUGCCUCAGCUUCCCUUGCUACACUGUACAUCCCAAACCCUUGGGCACCCGAGCCACAAGGCUUCCAUACCCCAGCUCCCAUCUCUCCAGCUCUUCCAACUGUUCUCAAACAGAUGGAAUCGGAAAGCACGGACCACUCGGGAAGUGAGCCUACUGAGGUUCGUUUCCUCUGGAACCAAAUGCAGCUCACCGAAGCCAUCCACCUCAUGGCCAGGAAUAUGUCAAAUAUGCCGAUGAUGCAGCCGCAUCAAGAGCUGACUCCUCGGCCCAAGUUGAAGGCUCCGGAUGUGUUCAACGGCACAAGUGUGCAGAAACUAGACCCUUUCCUUGUCCAAUGCAUGAUGUAUAUCACACUCCGGCCCCACAAGUUCACCACCAAAGACUCCAAGGUCGGCUUCAUGUUAUUGUAUCUGUCUGGCUCCCCCUACAACUGGUUCCAAUUGCAAAUCACUGCUGCCCUCGAAACUGGAAUGGCCCAGACCAUCCCAUGGCUCUCGGAUGUUUCGCUCUUCAUUGAGGAGCUCAAACAACUUUUCAGCCUGUGA